AUGGCCGACUUAACUGGUGUGGCAGAAGUCGAAGUUGAGGUGGAAACUAUGGUUGAACCUCACCAAGAAGUUCAGAUUGAGACACAGCCGAUGAUAGCCCUUCAGCCUCUGACCGAGCCUGAGAACGAAGAAAUCGUAGUUCAAACAACGGAAGAAGUUAUCGAGGAGUCAAAACACGCCAUCGUUGAAGAAGUGUCUAUUUCUACGACGCCUUCAGGCAAACAGAGAAAAAGCAGAGGAACAAGGACUAAAGGUCUGGGCAGAUCGGGAAAGGGUCAUGUUAACUCUACUACAUCGAGUGCGUCAAACGCCUCGAACAGUGAGAGAGGGGGUGGUAAUGGAGAAAGUGAACGCUCAGGUACGCGCAAAUGGGAACAAAAGCAAGUACAAAUAAAGACUCUUGAAGGCGAAUUCGCCGUCACAAUGUGGGCGUCGGGUACGUUCUGUAAAAUGGGCGCCCUUACUUUUCAGAUUAAGUUGGUUUUAAGCUUAAAUGCUGUUGCGAGGCGAGGAAAUCUCAUGUUUUUUAAUUUGUGUUUCUUCCCUGUACGUGCUAUGGUGACGCUGUAGAAGAGAAAAAAGCUCAACAGGAGGAAUUGAAUCAGUCUCCCGACUUUACGGAGUACAUGACAGGGAAGAAGAUACCUCCUGGAGGCCUUCCUGGAAUUGAUUUAAGUGAUCCAAAGCAGUUAGCAGAGUUUGCAAGGUAAGAUGACUUUUCGUCCAGUUUGGCAGCCAUAUUGAAAUCCCAUGACAAACAGCAGCCUUUGUUCAAAACCAAAAUGGCGGACUUCAUCAUGGCGGCCGCUCGUUCGAUGCAAAGUGAAAAUUUCGAAUUCUUCAUGUCAGCGUCAUUGUACGAUUUGUAUGAACGAGUAAAUCAAUGAAACUCAUGUUAAAGAAUUUUUCUGUGUGUAUUAGUCACCUCUUUUUGCGUUCAACAUUUAAAAUAGAAUAUCGAGGUUUUUGACAAACAAAGGGAUUUGCCUUCCGCCACGAAAUUAUUAUUGAGAAUCAAGUUGCUUGAAUAGUGCUUUAAUUUUCACCGCAAGUUCUUGUAACAGACUAUGAUUUUUUCCAUCAAAUGCAUUUGAAUUGCCUGUCUGGCAUUAUUUUUGGUUGUUACUCAGAAAGAAGUCUCUAAUUUUGAUUUUUUCCCUGAAAGAGUCCAAAAAAUCAUACUGCAAACAUUACCUCACUAAUGCAAAGUGUAGCACAAAUGAAAGAGUGAUGAAAAUAUGAAAAUUCGUUUGAGUUGACGGUUUUAGAUUGGAUGUAUUUAUUACUGUACAAUCCCUAUAACAUGACACAUUUGUACUUAGUUAUCUAACUGUCCUCAUCUAUUUUCCAUUACAUUUUAAAUUUCUCUGAGAUGCACUUUUUCAGUUUAUUAAAUUUCUGUAAAUGAAUUUUGAUCAGAGAAGGACCUUAUCAGAAAAUUAAAUGUAAUGUGUGAAUUUUUCAGGUUUUAUUUUCAAGUCUUAACUAUUACAGCCUUUUUGUGCUGUCGUAAAUCCUUGAAUUUUGCUUCUAAUUAACAUGGGCUGUGCCCACCCUUUGUAAACACCUAUGAAUGACCCACACGUGUUGAUCAAGCACAUUAUCUAUUUGAUCCUUUGCUAAGGGAAAAGAGCUAAAAAAGAGCAGUCUAAUAUUUAGACUUUAUUAUUGCUUUUAUAGUCAAGAUGUCAUUGAUUUAUGCUUUAAGAGUAAUAAAGAAAAAGUAAAGAAAAACGACGAAAGAAAACUGAUUCUUGUUUCUUCGAAGUUCUCCCAAAAGGCCAGAGAAGCAAAUUUGUUAAAAAGAUCUGUAUUGAGCAAUUGACUCUUUAUUAUGCAAACAUAACAAUAUGUAAAAUAAAGGUGUAAAUUUCGUAUAACAAGCACUGUGAAAAAUGUAGAGCCUUCUACUAGGUACCUUUACUGGAAGAAAAAAAUUCUAAAUUCUGUGAAUAACCAAUGGGAGCGCUUAGAUGAAUUAGAGAAUUUUAGACAAAUCAUCACCAGUCUACAUGUAACCAGCCAAACAACAAUGGUUAACUGUAAGUUCUUGUCGUUGUGAGAUUUUACAAAAUGUAUUUUAUACUCUCUGUCUUUUAGAAUGAGACCCAAGAAAAUGAAGGAAGAGGAAGGAGCCAGAACGAUAGCAUGUCCACAUAAAGUAGGUUCUCUCUUUAUGUUCAUGAAAUUUAAUCGAUGGUGUUCUACUAUGCGGUCUCUGAAGACUCAGCUGGGCUACAUGAAACAAGAAAAUGGCUAUUAAUUCUUUAGGAGAAAAUACUCUGCACUACUCUGCCCACCCUGACAUUGUUUCUUGUAGUUUUGCCACUUGUUCACAAUAAAUUAUUUUAUUUUGUCUCUUCACUGAGCUGGAUCGCCACUGUUAACUCUUUAGUGAACUAGCAUCACCUUUAGUGGGGGAUCCAUUACUCUCAGGUGCUUAGUGCUGCUGAAAUAAAGUUACAGGUGUAGGGUCCAGCUUGUGUUUAGCUAAACAUCUUACCUUGCCAGAGAGUAUAAGAUCUUGUUAUAACCACUUGCAGUUGAAACGUCUCACUUACAAUGUGUAUAUGUACCAGUUUUUUCAUAUUCAGAACCAAGAGCUCAAACUGAGGACACAAUAGCUGUUUUAUUCAUUGUCUCUCUGGUGUGGUUGCAUUGAAAAGGAUUUAUUGAAGAGGCAAAACCACAGUUAAAUGGAUGGGUAAAUGUGUAGUGUAAGGUUCCGUAAACUCUUUUGUAGCAAUGAGCAUAUUUGUCUGUUGUUUUAUUCUUAGGGUUGUACAAAGAUGUUUAGAGAUAAUUCUGCAAUGCGAAAACACUUACAUACUCAUGGGCCACGAGUUCACGUCUGUGCAGAAUGUGGCAAGGUACAUAUCCUCAUCUCCAAUGGUGUAUUUAACAUGAUUUUGACUUUUUGAACAUAUUUAGGAUGGUCAGGCAGUGAAUUAAAUAGCUGGGGAUUUCUUUUGGUUUUAUUUUGCUGCUAUUUUCCUACAAAAGUAGCUGUGGGGUCACAAUCCUAAAAGCUGGGGGAAGUCCCCACCUGCCAGCCCUUAAUGACAGCCUUGAUGAUAAUAUAUAUAUUAUUACUGUUUUCCACACUUGUAUUGUCAUUUUCUAAAUUUGGUUUUGUUUUUCAUGGGCUAAUCAUGUAGGCUUUUGUGGAAAGUUCGAAGCUCAAAAGACACCAGCUUGUUCAUACUGGAGAAAAACCUUUCCAGGUAAGUUUUGCCCAUUAUCAAAUCAAUGAGUUUAUUGUAUUUUAAAUACUGGUUUGUGCAAAGUUUGGAUAAAAAACAGUCCUGUCAAAUAUGCUGGCAGCUGGCAAUUUUGCCACUUUCAGUGGCAUAUAUGGCGUAGAUUUAUUAAUAUUGAAUAAUGACCACACAAAUUUAGGUCUUUGCUGCCUAUUUCUGUUGUUAUCUGGCCUACUAUUAUAGAGUAUUUUGAAUGGCCUGAAAGUACAGAUGGUAAAUGAUAUCAUGUUUAAUUUUGUAAUUGUUGACUUAGAUUGUUGUUGUUUUGCCCCUACAGUGCACAUUUGAAGGCUGUGGAAAAAGAUUUUCUCUGGAUUUUAACCUUCGAACCCAUGUUCGCAUUCACACUGGUGACCGCCCAUAUGUCUGCCCUUUUGACUCCUGUAAUAAAAGGUUUGCGCAGUCAACAAACCUCAAGUCACACAUCUUGACACACGCAAAAGGAGGAAAAUAGAAUUCACUGUUCAAGGACAUUGACAAUUUGUGUACAGAUUUUCAGGAAUGAAACCUUUUUAGACUUAUUUACAAAACAAAGUCUUUGGUUCUGUAAGACAGCUAGGACCUCUUAGAUAAUACGUUGUACAUUUUACACUCAUAUGACCAGAUGCUAUUUACUUACACAAUCCAGCAUAGCAAAACGUCCACCAUACAUUCAACUUUCCAUUGCUGGAGACUCUCCCUCUAGAGAUUGGAAUUUGAAGUGGAACAGACACUAACCACAAGGAGAUGUCCUUAGAAGUGGACUUUUCAAGGCUGUCAUGUUAGAUUUUAAGCUAGUCAGCCCCAGGGAAAGGGCUUUAAUUUAUCAUCGUAUCAGCAGAAAAACAAACCAUUCCUUUUGUCAGGGAUAUUGUUUGUUUCACUCUGCAGACUCAAAUUAUUGGAUUUGCAUCUUAGGAACAUACUUUUUAAGCCCAUGUUGUCACACAAGGUUGACUCAUUCUUUUGACAGCAAGUGUGAUUGCAAAAACAGGAAGAGCUUAAUUUUUAUUCCAGGCGCGUGAUGGUACCUUAUGAUUCUAAUAUUUAUAGGAUCCUGUCGAAAAAAAGGCUAUGUCUUGCACUGAGAGUGUUUUUAGCCUUGUUGACUUCAAAGGUUUAGACUGAGAAAAUUCAACUUCAUUUAUUGAACGGAUGUGAUAAUAUACAGUGAUGUAAUCUAUCUUAUAAUGUACCAAAUGUUCAAGUGCUGUUAUUGUCAAACUUAUUGAUAACUAUAAAGUUAAAGCUAUUUUAUCUUGAUUCUGAGAGUGACCUCGGUUAUGGUAGUCAAACUGCAAGGAAUUCAAAAACUGUCUUAGAUCCCAGUCAGUGUCUUCACACAUUGUUACUUUCAGCGCAUUUAUACUUAGCAAAACUUGACAAUGAAAUGCACAUUCGUGAUAUUUAAACUCAAAUUAUAAAGUGGUGUUUGCCUUCUGGGGAAGAAAGGCAUGACAAAGCCCAAAGAAUGUCUGUGUAGGAUGCCGUAUAGCAGGUGUUGAUCCAGGAAAAAAAUGUGACUGUUUCCGACUAAUAUGGACACCAGGUGCACACUUCUAGCAGAAUCCAGGGACAUGCAGCAACCCCAAAAUAUAAAUUUGAACUCCUGAAAAGUUAUUUUCCUUCCACUGGAUCUUCACCUCUGCUUUAGGCCAUAAAUUGCAGCAUAAGGGCAGUUGCUUACUUGUUGUCUUAAAGUCGACAUAGAAUUUCUGCUUGAUGUAACAUGGAUUUGAAGAAGGGCUACAUUUAGGGAAAAAAGCUGAAAUGAAUAUGAUUUUGCUACGUGCCUGGUUCCAGUACUAUUGUAUUGCUUUGUGAAAGUAUAGAACUCCUUUACUAUAAAAACCUGUUUUCCUGUGAUAGGAGAGCCUUUCUUUACUGAAACUUGCUGGGUGUGUGGUCACCAUGCCAUGCAAAAUACAACUUAGUGGCUCACCUGUUAAUGUCAAAAUAUAAUUCUGUACAUCUCUUGAUUGUUGAUUUUGUAGAUACAAAUGUUUUAAGUUCUCUUGUGUGUAAAUAUGUGUUUGCUUAUUUUGUCAGCUUCUUCAUUACUAGUGUAAAGUGAAGGGAUUGGUGGAUUAAGUAACUGAAAGGUUGAAGUUUUGAAAUUUAGGACAAGCAUGCAAUAUUAUUAUUGUAUACCAAAUUAAUAAAGUAACAAUGUGGACUGUUCAGUCAGGAAAAUGUUUUUAUUUUCCUUUCCAAUAUCAUCAUGCAGGGC